AUGGAAAGAUCUAACCACCAAACCAGAGACCAUAUAUUUUUUUUCUUCUUUUCAACCAAAAUAAAUAAAGAUGAUUGCCAAGAGAUUCGCCUUUCUUCACAACAACGUCAAAAGGUUUCAUUCCACAUAUUCACUCUAUCUAUCUAUCUAUCUAUCUAUCUAUCUAUCUAUCUAUCCUCAGUCUUUUUCCUUCUAUGUCCUACGUCUUUUUUUAUCUAUCUAUCUAUCUGUAAAGAAUUAUUUCAUACCAUUUGUGUGUGUUCGCAUCUAUCUAUCUAUCUAUCUAUCUAUCUAUCUAUCUAUCUAUCUAUAAAGAAUUAUUUCAUAUCCAUUUGUGUGUGUUCGCAUCUAUCAUCUAUCUAUCUAUCUAUCUAUCUAUCUAUCUAUCUAUCUAUCUAUCUAUCUAUCUUCAUGUAUGGUUAUAUAUCUCUGUUCAUUAUCUAUCUAUCUAUCUAUCUAUCUAUCGAUCUAUCUAUCCUCAGUCUUUUCCUUCUAUCUAUCUAUGUCCUCCCUCUUUUUUAUCUAUCUAUCUAUCUAUCUAUCUAUCUAUCUAUCUAUCUAUCUAUCUAUCUGCUGGCUUGUUCUCCAUAUCUAUCUAUCUUGAUCUGUUCAUAUCUAUCUAUGUCAGUGUUCAUAUCUAUCUAUCUAUCUAUCUAUCUAUCUAUCUAUCUAUCUUUUUUCUUCUUUUUUUUUUUAAGCAGCUUCUAUCUAUCUAUCUAUCUAUCUAUCUAUCUAUCUAUCUAUCUCAGUCCCUAUCUAUCUGUUUCAAUGCUCUCAUUUCAAUCUCUUCCUAUCUAUCUAUCUAUCUAUCUAUCUAUCUCAGUCUGUUCGUAUCUAUAUAUAUGUUUCAAUGCUUUCAUUUCAAUCUCUUCAUUAUCUAUUUAUCUAUCUAUCUAUUUUAUUCACUAA